AUGAUUCGACAAGUGCAGCCAGAGCAAUUGAAUCCUCGCGAUCUCGACGCGUCUACGUUCUUGAGGGACGUGAAAGAAGAGCUCCAAAAUAUUUACGCUGGACCCCUGCAACAUGUCUUCACUGGAUCGAUGACGAUCCGGAUUCAUGAAGCGGAUGGCACUCCGUAUGAACACAUCGUUGAGAUUAAGGAAGCUGUCACGAAAUUUGAUAUCCCGUACAAUACAAAAUACAAACGCCUCAAGCGCAACAAACGCCAGAAAGAGCGGGCCGCAGCAUCUUCAGGAUUUGACCCUAACACUGAAAUCCAGGACGAUGUUCUGUUGUAUUGUUUGGGUGAUGUUCUCCAGUCUGAGGAGGAAAUGCGGAAAUGGCGACUAGUAGAAUGGACGAAAGAAGAUGAGGACAGAAUGGGGCAAGAGUCCUAUGAAUGGAUUCGCAUGGAUGCAGAUUUUGAAUGGAUAUGCAAAAUGUCCCUCACAAUGCCAGGUUAUAUGUACCUUUCUCAGCUCCAGCAAGACCGAGACGUUGUCGCACAACUUGAGUCAAUACAAUACAUGGUCGCCCAGCGAGAACAUCCACUAAUAUCCACAAUUUUCGUCCGAACCCUGAUGGAUAAGAGAUAUUUCUACGGCAUUCGGUCAGCUGCCGCUCACGCCUUGGUGAAACACGCGAAAGAGGAGGUGCACUGGAUUGGACUAUUCCAUCUCGAGACUGCUUUUCAAGAGCUGUUUUGCCUACCAAACUCACCUAUGAGUCGUUCGAACGACUUUUCAGACCGGGCGUCCUAUUGCCUUCAGAAAGCAAUACCGGAAGCCAUGGCUAAAGUGAGAAACCGACAUGGUCAAAGCCCCAUGAGGGUAAAGAAGUUUCUUUAUGAAAAACUGAAAUUCAACGACAAUUCAAACAAUAAGGUACCACUAUCAUUAGGUAGCCAUACAAAUGAUUGCGAGCUAAUGCUGCCACAGUUUUCUGAUUGUUAUUACGUCGCUGCGCUCAUACGCUCUAUUACAGAUGCUUUAAUCAAUGGCAAAGAAAAUUCCGACGGGGUUGAUUUUGAUAUAAACAGAGAGUUGGGCCGUCAAGCAGAGAACCAACUUUACUUGGAUUGCAUAGCAGAGAUUGACCGGUACAAAAGAAUGGACGAGUGGACGAGUUCAUUUCAGAAUCUAUACUCACGAACGGCAAUUGAUUGUCAGAGGCGUCUCAUGAAGGGGAAAGUUCUUGACGUUGACGUCGCCCAAUUCCUACCAUAUGCCCGCGUCGGUACCUUCGAUUUGCUUCGACUCGAUGCGUUCCGGAUCCUACUAGAUCUAGAUAUUUUCCAACGUCCAGAAAUUUUGAAAUGGUUUGUCUAUACUAUGUCGAUGGAUGCGUCAACGUGGAUGCGCCGACAGCUUCAUCGGGCGUUUGGCAUAGUCCUUGCAUCUGUCGCUUUUGGCGAAGAUGAUAAAUUUGCUGAAACAUCUCCCAGUGGCCUUCUCGUCGUCGAGCAAGAAUCUACUACCGAUACUCGAAGAGUGAAGCUUGAACGCAAACAGACCGUUCCUGGCGCAAUCGAAGCUUUGAGGCAAGAACUUUCAGACAACAUGGUUUUGAAAGAAGCCGUGUGGGCCGGAUGCAAUUCCCCUUGUAUUGGACUCGUUGAGCUAAAUGACUUCCUGUAUCUUUGUACAAUUCUUUACAAACCAGUCAACCAAAUGAUCGUCACUUUAAAAUAUCCAAAAUACUGGAAGGCCGAGCAUCUAGGAAGCGGAAAGGUUAAAUUCUCAAAAUCGGACCGCUACCGAACGAGCAUUAUAGCAAAAUCUACUUCGGGUAAGGGUUUUCAGGUACUCGAAAAGAGGAAACGGGAAGAUCGAAACACGACUCCUCUGAGUCGAAAGAUAACCCUAAAAGUGCCAAAGCUUGCGUUCCUAUCUUCACCCUCAAAUCGUUCGCCUCCGCCGAUAGCGCCGAAAUUGAAAAUUAAACUCAGAGCGCCGCCCGAUCCCACAUCUUCUUAA